AUGACACCAGGCACCGACUCUACCAACACCUAUAACACCACCGCCGAAAUCCUCCACACAAUCCGUCCAUGGUUCGAUGACUUCCUCUCCUCCUUUACUCUCCCUACUCAUCUUCAUCUUAACCCUAAUUCUCCGCCUAGUCGCUGCAAUCGUGUUCCUGUUCAUCAUUUAUCAUCUUCAUAUCAUUUGGUUCUAAUUUCGUUGAUCGUGAUUACGAUCGUUGUGGUUGUUGUCGCCGGAGUUUGGUGGAACCUCUUUAGCUCGAUUCUGAUCGUGGCUCCUUUAGUGAGCUUAAAUGCGAUAUUGAGGACUCCUUAUUAUACCGAAUCUCUAUAUGGAGCUUUGCUUUCAGGUGUUGAUGAAGAUGGAGAUUCACGAUGA